UGAUAUCACCUCAAGCGGUUAAAAACGAGAAGGAAUUUGUCUCCAGGAAUCUCAAACACAACACGCCAGUUUUGCUGUCUCUGUCUGGACAUUUAAGAAGUGGAGCAAGGGAUUCAAUCGACCAUCCUUCCUGCUCAGACACUGGGGAGGGAUUCACUCGAUCAUCUGACAGACUGGCACGCCCAUCAUUUUAUACAGGAGAAAGGCCGUUCACCUGCUCAAACAGUGGGAAUCGAUUCACUCGGUCAUCUCAAUUGAUAGUACAUCAGCAAGUUCACACUGGGCAAGGCCUUUCACCUGUUCUGUGUGUGAGAAAGGAUUCAGUCAGUCGUCUCACCUGUGGACACACCAGUCAGUUCACACUGGGCAGAGGCUGGUCAUCUGCUGAAUUUCUGAGUAAGGAUUCACUCAGUCAUCUGACCUAAUGGCUCACCAGCGAGUUUACACCGGGGAGAGGCCAUUCACCUGCUCAGACUCUGGGAAGGGAUUCACUCAGUCAUCCGACCUACGGAGACACCAGCAAGUUCACACUGGAAAGAAGCCGUUUACCUGCUCAGUCUGUGAGAAGAGAUUCACUCACACUUCCACCCUACAGAGUCAUCAGCGAGUUCACACCGGGGAGAAGCCAUUCACCUGCUCCGAAUGUGGGAAGAGAUUCGCUCAGUCAUCCACCCUACAGAGUCAUCAGCGAGUUCACACCAGGGAGAAGCCGUUCACCUGCUCAGACUGUGGGAAGAGAUUCACUCAGUUAUCCCACGUACAGAGUCAUCAGCGAGUUCACACUAGGGAGAAGCCAUUCACCUGCUCAGUCUGUGGGAAAGAAUUCACUUGGUCAUCCAAACUACUGGCACACCAGUCAGUUCACACAGGAGAGAGGCCAUUCACCUGCUCAGUCUGUGGGAAGGGAUUCACUCAGUCAUCCCACCUGCAGAGACAUCAGCGAGUUCACACAGGAGAGAGGCCAUUCACCUGCUCAGUCUGUGGGAAGGGAUUCACUCAGUCAUCCCACCUGCAGAGACAUCAGCAAGAUCACACUGGGGCGAAGCUAUUUAGCUGCUCAGAAUGUGGGAAAGGAUUCACUCAGUCAUCCCACCUACUGGCACACCAGUCAAUUCACACUGGGGAGUGGCCGUUCACCUGCUCAGAAUGUGGGAAAGGAUUCACUCAGUCAUCCCACCUACUGGCACACCAGUCAAUUCACACUGGAGAGAAGCCGUUCACCUGCUCAGACUCUGGGAAGGGAUUCACUCAGUCAUCCGACCUACAGAGACACCAGCAAGUUCACACUGGGAAGAAGCCGUUCACCUGCUCAGUCUGUGAGAAGAGAUUCACUCACACUUCCACCCUACUGGUACAUCAGCGAGUUCACACUGGGGAGAAGCCGUUCACCUGCUCAGAAUGUGGGAAGAGAUUCACUCGGUCAUCCCACCUACAGAGUCAUCAGCGAGUUCACACUGGGGAGAAGCCAUUCACCUGCUCCGAAUGUGGGAAAGGAUUCACUCAGUCAUCCCACCUAAGGGCACACCAGUCAGUUCACACAGGAGAUUGGCCAUUCACCUGCUCAGACUGUGGGAAGGGAUUCACUCAUUCAUCCGAACUACAGAGACAUCAACAAGUUCACACUGGGGAGAAGCCGUUCUCUUGUUCAGAAUGUGGGAACAGAUUCACUCGGUCAUCCAACCUACAGAGACAUCAGCGAGUUCACACUGGGGAGAGGCUGUUCACCUGCUCAGAAUGUGGGAACAGAUUCACUCGGUCAUCUCACCUACAGAGUCAUCAGCGAGUUCACACUGGGGAGAAGCCAUUCACCUGCUCAGAAUGUGGGAAGAGAUUCACUCAGUCAUCCACCCUACAGAGUCAUCAGCGAGUUCACACCGGGGAGAAGCCGUUCAACUGCUCAGUCUGUGGGAAGAGAUUCACUCAGUUAUCCUCCCUGCAGAGCCACCAGCAAGUUCACACUGGGGAGAAGCCAUUCACCUGCUCAGUCUGUGGGAAAGGAUUCACUCAGUCGUCCAACCUACAGAGACAUCAGCAAGUUCACACUGGGGAGAAGCCGUUCAACUGCUCAGAAUAUGGGAAAUGAUUCACUUGGUCAUCCGCCCUACUGGUACAUCAGCGAGUUCACACAGGAGAGAGGCCAUUCACCUGCUCAGUCUGUGGGAAGGGAUUCACUCAGUCAUCCCACCUGCAGAGACAUCAGCAAGAUCACACUGGGGCGAAGCUGUUUAGCUGCUCAGAAUGUGGGAAAGGAUUCACUCAGUCAUCCCACCUACUGGCACACCAGUCAGUUCACAAUGGGCAGUGACCAUUGAUAUGAAUCUCUAGAUUUCAUUUGCUUGGACUAUCAUUUUCAGAGAGAGAGAGAGAGAGAGAGAGAGAUUAAGAAUGGAAAUCAGUCUGACUUGCAGCUUGUUUACAUCGCUCACAGCUUGUUUAGUUUUAACCGAGGACACAGACGCUCAGAGUCAGACGGAGAUGAAGGAGGAAAAAUGGAAGGUUUGAAACAAGGGAACUACUGGCCAAGGGUCACUGUUUAGAACUUUCCUAUGCCCACAAAGGUGGGUUAAUUAUCGAUUCAGCAUACAUUGAAUGUGUGGUUGUCACCUCAUUUGAUCCAUAGGAGUGGAUCUGAUCUGGGGUAUCCUGUGAAGACCACUUAUGUGUUAACCCUUGCCUGGGUGUGGUGUGGAAAUUCACUUGAAGACGAUACCCCUUGUGACAAGUCACUUUCGGUGAUAAUUUGUAUGUGGAUUUGGAACACAACAGAUAAAAUCUACAGUGACUGUUCUUUCGUUUUACCACCACGGAAACUGUGGAAUUUGAUAUAAUUGCCUUCUCUUGACAUUUACCCUUGACUACAAAUAUCUCUUUCAUCACCUAUUCUGUAGUUGAACUGAACUUUCAUAGUUCACCAUCUCAAGACUCUAAACCCUGUUUCCCCUGAGCUCAAUAGUUUGGGAGUUAUAUUUACACAUCUCGGCCUGAAACGUCGACUGCACCUCUUCCUACAGAUGCUGCUUGGCCUGCUGCGUUCACCAGCAACUUUGAUGUGUGUUGCUUGAAUUUCCAGCAUCUGCAGAAUUCCUGUUGUUUACACAUAACACUGUUAACUUCUGUUUAUCUUGCUUAAAUUACUAUAUUGUUAGUAGAUGCUAAUAAAGAUAGUGGAUUUAACAUCAAAAACAGACU